ACGGCGGCGGAUCUGUGGGGAGAGGCGGCGGCUGUCGGCGGGGCUGAGGCCGACGUGGAGACUCGAGCCCCGACCCCGACCCCUCCCCCAGCGGACCGGGCAAGGCAGGACUAUCUGCCUCUUUUUAUUGAAGUGUGGGGUAUUAUCAGCAUGAAUUUGAAAUGGCAAAGCCGCACAUGAAUUACACAAGUUAUCCUAAAUCUCUGUUGUGUGGGGAGCAUAGACUUUUUGUGGAGAAUUGGUCAGCCGUUAGGAUGAUCGACUGGUAUCCACCACCCCACGACCUCCAAGGUGGUUUUGGAACCAACAUUGCUUAUUGAAAGAAAUAAUAUGUAAUCAACUGUCCUUCAAAAGGUUUAGAUCAGUGAAGACCAAAAGUCAUGACUGUCAGAUGGCUUAAAGCUAUAUCAGUUGUUGCCUUUGGUGAAGAUCCAAUAGGCAGUUAUUGACAUGACAGAUCACCAUCACCAGGGAGAGUUUUGGCAGAGACUCCAAAGAUUGAAUGGAAACUGAAUUAUCCUGUAGGGUGAGAUUCAGACAUAGGCCUUGUCUACACUACUGGGUGGAGCAUCGGAGUUGAUCAGAGAGUGCUCUGCAAUUGAUUUAGCAGGUCUUUGCUAGACCGCUAAAUUGACCCCCACUGCAUCGAUUGCUGCAGCAUCAAUCCUUGAAAAUGUUCUGAAGAAUAAAUUGGAUGGUGCCUGUUGGAAUUAAAUUGUCUGAAAAACCUCUGUUCACCCUAAGGCCUAUUUGACACCGAGAGACCUUCCACAACGGCCUAGUUCUGCAAGUGAUGGGCUCGGAGAACAGUGCUUUAAAGAGCUGCACACUGGAAGAGCCACCAUAUACCUUACCGACUGGACUCACAAUUUACCCGGCUGCACUGCAAGAUGGCAAGCUUGCCUCGGUCUUUGUGUAUAAAACAGAGAAUGAAGACACAGUUAAUAAAGCUGCCAAGCACCUGAAAACCUUGCGCCACCCUUGCCUUUUGCGCUUCCUCUCUUGUACUGUGGAAACAGAUGGGAUUCACCUGGUUACAGAGCGUGUAAAGCCUUUGGAGAUGGUGCUGGAGAUGCUGUCCUCAGAUGAGAUCUGUGCAGGGAUCUAUGACUUAUUGCUAGCUCUCAUCUUCCUUCAUGACAGGGGAAACCUAACGCAUAACAACAUCUGUUUAUCAUCUGUAUUUGUAAGUGAGGAUGGGCACUGGAAACUAGGAGGAAUGGAAACAGUCUGCAACCUUAAUGAAGCCACCCCAGAGUUCCUUUGUGGUAUCAAGUCAGUGCGAGACCAGGCAGCCAUCCCUCCUGAAGAGAGGUCUGCAGAUUUCAAAAUUCUUCCUGACAGCCACGGACAUGCCCGGGAUGCCUAUUCAUUUGGAACAAUGGUUGAAAAUCUGCUGACAUUCUUAAAUGAUCAGGUUUCAGCAGAUAUUCUCUCCAGUUUUCAACAGACCUUGCACUGUACACUGCUGAAUCCAGAUCCGAAAUGUCGUCCACCACUAUCCAGCUUACUGUCUCAUGAGUUCUUCAGGAAUGAUUUUCUGGAAGUUGUGAACUUUCUGAAAAGUUUAACCUUAAAGACUGAGGAGGAGAAAACUGAAUUUUUCAAAUUCCUGAUGGAUAAAGUGGCCUGUUUGUCAGAGAAGCUGAUAGCUUCACGGCUGGUGCCUCUCUUACUUAAUCAGCUUGUGUUUGCUGAGCCAGUAGCUGUCAAGAGUUUCCUUCCACAUCUGCUAGGUCCAAAGAAAGAUAAAAUUGGUGAAAGUGAGACCACCUGCCUGCUGUCACCAGCCCUCUUCCAGACGCACGUCACUCCUGUGUUGCUGAAGCUGUUUGAGGUCCACGAAGAGCACGUGCGAGUGGUGCUGCUGUCUCACAUUGACACCUACGCGGAACUGUUCACGCAGGAUGAGUUGAAAAACAUCAUAUUGCCACAGGUGCUACUGGGCCUUCGAGAUUCCAGUGACUCUAUUGUUGCGAUAACGCUGCACGGCUUAGCGGUUCUGGUCUCUCUGCUUGGACCUGAAGUGGUUGUGGGGGGUGGAAGAACUAAGAUUUUCAAACGCUCCGCACCGAGUUUCGCUAAAACUACGGACCUUUCGCCAGCAGACUCCCCAACUCACGUUAGCAACCAGAGAAAUCAGCUCUCCCAGCCCCUGCAGAACAACUCUUCCAGUGUGUUCCCCAAGUGCCCCAUUGCUGGAAACAUGUCCCUCAGCAGCGAGAAACAUGUGCCAAGAAAAGACUCUCAAGUGGCCUUAAAGACAGUUGAACAAGACCCUCAGCUAUCCCUGAAUAGAAAUCCUGCUGCAAUGAAUACUGUGGGAAGCAGCAGGAGCCCUUUGAAUACUUCUGAAAAGCCAGCAGAGGAAUGGCCAGACUGGAGUGAGUCCGAAGAGCCUGAGACUCAGAAAAUUGUGAACAUACAGCUCCGGCCUAUGGAGCCACAAGGCAGCACUGAGCCUAAUGUUGUUCAUAAUGUGGACAAGGAACCCUCGGACAACUUUGAGCCCAGCAGACCUGCUCCUGAACUGUUCUCAGGAAACAGCCUCAAUGUUACAAGAGCUGAUGGAGUCCAAGUGCAGAGGCCACUCCCUGGUGCCCUUCAGCUGAGCAGAGAAUCCAAAAGCUUCAAACCUAGUCCUCCCCCAAUGUCCAGCCCUGCGAAUUGCUGGAGCAAUGACAGCUGGGACCACCCAGACCAGCUGAGAGAAACAGCAUUCCUGGAAAAGUCUCCCAAGUCUCCAUGGGAGUCUGGCUUAGGAGAAGAGUUCACGAUCCAAGUGAAGAGGAAACCAGUGCGAGAUCCUGAGUUGGACUGGUUUGCUGACAUGACCCCAGAUAUUAAACCAUCUGCAGCUUUCCUGAUUUUACCUGAAGUGAGGACAGACUCGGUUGUUCUUAGUCACUUAAGUGCAGUUUCCAGUGGAGAGGAUACCUCCCAGAUAGUGCAGUUUUCAUCCAAAUUUGCAGCAGCUGAAGUCACUGAGGCUGAAACUGCAGGCUGGGGUGAAGAGGAAGAGGUGAACUGGGAAGAUGAUACUAACUGGUGAUGGAUGGGGGAAAAAACAAGGGCAGUCUAUGGCCUAUUGCUUCCAGGAUGUGUUAGAUUAUUACCUCACCAGGAAGGCAGGCACUUGCCCCUGCAGUCAGUGAGAGCCCAAAGCAGCCUAUCUUCCUGUACCAGGAUGCUCCUUUUCCAGCCUGUGCUGAAGCCAUAUAUACAAGUGAGGUGUAUAGCCCUGGCAAGUGGAAACUGGAACAUGUUGAAUGGUUUGUGAGUUGGAGCUGAAAGCGUGAUUUAUACUCUUGUUUCAGGAAUCAUCACUGCUCUGGAAAACUCUUGAAAAUAAAUGAAAAUUGCAGUAGUUCAGAUA